GCUGCGAGAGGUCGUGCAGUCCUGAGGGAGCGGCCACACGUAGUGCGCAAGUGUUACAGGAGUAGGGUGACAUGGGUGUUUAAGAAAGAACUAUAGUAAUAACGUACAGUGAUUCAGAAACACAACCGACGUGUUGUGAAGUACAUUUAAAGUCAUGUCAACAAGGAACCGUGCUGGUUUUCAUCGCCAAGAAGUGAACAAAACUGUUUGGGAAGUACCUGAGCGCUACCGAGACUUGAAACAGGUGGGGACAGGAGCGUAUGGAACAGUAUGCUCAGCGUUGGACCGACGGUCUGGAUCUAAGGUGGCCAUCAAGAAGCUCCACCGACCGUUCCAGUCAGAACUCUUUGCCAAGAGAGCAUACCGUGAGCUACGCCUGCUGAAACACAUGAAGCAUGAAAAUGUCAUUGGACUCUUAGAUGUUUUCACAUCAUGCCUGUCUCUGGAUAGAUUCCAGGAUUUUUAUUUGGUGAUGCCCUAUAUGGGCACUGACUUAGGCAAACUGAUGAAGAUGCAGAAACUCUCUGAGGAGAGAGUGCAGUUCCUUGUUUAUCAGAUGCUCAGGGGACUAAAGUAUAUCCAUGCAGCUGGAAUCAUCCACAGGGACCUUAAACCAGGGAAUCUAGCCAUCAACCAGGACUGCGAGUUAAAGAUCCUGGAUUUUGGAUUAGCGAGGCAGGCAGACAGUGAGAUGACUGGGUACGUGGUGACGCGCUGGUACAGAGCACCUGAGAUCAUUCUCAGCUGGAUGCACUACACCCAGACAGUGGAUAUCUGGUCCGUGGGCUGCAUCAUGGCAGAGAUGUUGUUGGGAGCGCCACUCUUCAAAGGGAACGACCACUUGGAUCAGCUGACAGAGAUCAUGAAAAUCAUCGGAACUCCAACACAGGACUUUAUCAGCAAACUACAGUCUCAAGAUGCCAAAAGCUAUAUUGAAAGACUACCAAAGCUCAAGAAAAAAGAUUUGCAAUUGCUGAUACCCAAAGCCAACAAACAUGCGGUGGACGUGCUGGACCACAUGCUGCUGCUGGACCCGGACUGCAGGGUCACGGCCAGCGAGGCUCUCACGCUGCCCUACUUCAGCGAGUUCAGGGAGCCCGAGGAGGAGACCGACGUCCAGGAGUACGACUACUCCAUGGACCACUCAGACCUCCCCCUGGAGUCAUGGAAACGUCACACAUUCACAGAGAUCUUGUCCUUCAAGCCUCCACCAGCUGAGGCAAAGGAGACUUCUCUCUAAGAGAUGUUGCUUGCUCACAAUAACCAAGGAUUCACUGGAGUGUGUGUGUGUGUGCGUGUGUGUGUGAGGUUUGAGAUUUGUGUGCGUGUGUGUGUGUGUGUGUGUGUGUGUGUUUGAGGUUUGAGAUUUGUGAAUGUGUGUGCAUGAGUGAGAGUCUUUUUGUGUGAUUAUUUCUUUUAUACAGCCAAAUGACCUUCUGGUUCAUAAAAUGCAAAUGUUCUCACAGCAUUGACGGUACAAUACAGUGUAUUUGUGGUACUGAAUGUAGGAAAUAUCUUAUUUACAUGUUACCAUGUAGAGUAUACAUAGGGAAUGUGAUUUAAGUUGUACUUAGCUGUGAAUCAGCUACUCCUAUACGGAUCAUUUCAUAUCUCAGCUCCCUCAGAAAAGUGAUUCUUUAAAUGGUUGAUGUUUUUUAAUCGGUCUGGGGGUUUAUUUAGUCUGUGUCUUAGACUGUCCUGGGAGAAACGUAUGAGAAAAUGUAUUGGACCUGUUUUUAGCUACUGAAUGUUUCCUUGAUGCAAUUAAGCCAAAACUUAUCAAUAGUGUAACAAAGUGGAUUUUUGGGGAGAAGUUUCUAGAAAGCCAUAUAUUGUUAGAGUGCCUUUGCUGGAAUAAUGAAAUUACCUUUUGGUAUGAUCAUUUGUUGUGCACAAUGUUUUACAUUUUUCUGGAUAUGACAGUAUUUUUAUAUUAAAGAAACCUUUUGCAAAUUA